CCCAGUACUCGAUUUCCUGGGGGCUGGGAUUUUCCCACAAAUCGAUGAGUUGCAGUUCACUUCCGCCGCUCAGUGUUCAUAUAUGUUGUGGCAGACUCGGCAAGUCACCGCAGAACUCGGGCAGGAGGACAAGUCGUUGUAACCAGCAAACCAGAGCAAGCGUUCCCGUUUAUCAGAUUCAUAUCAAGAAAGCAAGUUCUUGUUAAAGAAGAAAAAAAUGAAGAUUAUGAUUUUACUGUCAUUAUUCAGCAUUUGCAUUGAUAUGUCUUUGCAGAGUUAUCUGUUGCAUACAAGAAAAAUACGUACUUUAAGCAGAACAGAUGUAUGCAUAGAAUCACCAUUUGAAAUCUACAGAAGAGGUGAUACCUGGUUGCGAAUUCACAGAAACAAAACACAGCAAUGUAAAUGCAAAAGGAAUGCAAUUUGUUAUGAUGUACGCACAAAAGAAUGCAGCACAAACAAAUGUCUAAAUGGAGGAAGCUGUGCUCAACAUGUGUAUUCGAAGGAUUAUGUCUGUCAUUGCCCUGAGGGAUAUCUGGGUAAACACUGUGAAAUAGACAAUAAAUCCAAUUGCAUUAAUGACAAGGGAAAAGAUUACAGGGGAACAAGGGACUAUACAGUGUCUGGCAAAGAAUGCUUGCAAUGGGACUCAUUUGCUGUUCUUCAAAGAAAAUACAAUGCACAGAGGUCAAAUGCAUUAAAGUUGGGUCUUGGAAGUCACAACUACUGCAGGAAUCCAAGUCAUGCUAAAAAGCCUUGGUGUUAUGUUCAGGGUUCAAUGUACAGGGAAUACUGUGAUAUCCCCAAAUGUGAAAAAGUUGAGUCCAAGUGUGGCCAGAGGGAAUAUAAAAUGAACAAGAUUGUUGGAGGAAAUGAGGCUGCCAUUGAAUCUCACCCUUGGCAAGCAGCACUCUACAUAACUGAUAGUCGAUCCAAAAGUUCAUAUUUUCAAUGUGGAGGAAGUCUGAUCCACUCUUGCUGGGUUCUGACAGCUGCACACUGUAUUCACCCAACAAUUUCCCACUCAUGGUAUCAUGUAACACUGGGAAAAUCUUCAACAAAUAAACCUAGUAAAAAUGAGCAAACAUUUUCAGUGGAAAAAAUAAUAAGCCAUGAAAAUUUCAAUGAUGAUUCCUUUGACAAUGACAUAGCUCUGUUAAAGUUAAAAUCUCAAUCUGGGACGUGUGCAAUAGAGUCAAAGUUUGUCCACCCCAUUUGUUUGCCUUCUAAAUGCCUUAUAUUUUCUGAAAACACUCAGUGUGAAGUUUCUGGAUAUGGGAGGGAAGCUGAGUUUUCUCCUUUCUACUCCAAAUUCCUGAAGGAGGCUAGAGUGAAUUUGAUUUCACAGCAAAAAUGUAGAUCUCCUGAAUAUUAUGGGAAGAAAUUAACCGAAAACAUGUUGUGUGCUGCCCAUCAUAACUGGAAGGAAGAUGCUUGUAAAGGAGAUUCUGGUGGACCUCUUGUAUGUGAAAACAAUGGACGAAUGAAUCUUUAUGGAAUAACCAGCUGGGGAGAUGGGUGUGCCCGACCAAAUAAACCAGGCGUUUACACAAGAGUUUUAAAUUACAUCCAGUGGAUUGAAGAAAACAUGAUUUAGGAGAUUUUAAAAUCACUGGUCUCAUUAUCAGCUGAUCAGUUACAUAAAUGAUUUGCAGUAAAAUUUGUGUUUCUGAUACAAUGAUCCAAUCUACCUCAUUUCUGUUAUUUGUAGUUUUGAAGAAGUUGUUAAAAUGUCAUCUAAGACACAUUUUAUAAACACUACAUUUUAAAUCUUGUCUGCAUCAGCAGUCUCUUCUUUAUUUUUCAUUUGAUAUAGCUAACCCUAAACUUCUCAUUUAUUGGCAAAAUAUUAUUGCUAAUACAGCUGUACGGGAUAUUGGUUAGGCCACUUUUGGAAUAUUGUGUGCAUUUGUGGCCUCCCUCCAAUUGGAAGGAGGUUUUGUAAAUUUGAAAGGGUUCAGAAAAGGUUUAAAGAUGUUCCCAGAGUUGAAGGAUUUGAACCAUCGGGAGAGGUGAAUAAGCUUGGGGCUGUUUUCCCUGGAGUGUUGGAUGCAGACAGAUGACCUUCCUGAGGUUUAUAAAAUCAUGAGGAACAUGAAUAGAAUAAAUAGACAAGGUCUUUUCUCGAGAGUGGGUGAGUCCAGAACGAGAAGGCAUAGGGUUCGAGGGGAGAGAUUUAAAAAGGGACCUAAAGAGACAAUUUUUUCAUGCAGAGGGUGGUAUAUGUAUGGAAUGAGCUGCCAGAGGAAGUGGAGGAGGCUAGCACAAUUACAAUAUUUAAAAGACAUAGAGAUGGGUACAAGAAUAGGAAGGGUUUAGAGGGAUAUGGGCCAAGUGCUGGCAAACGGGAUGAGAUCAGUUUAGAAUAUCUGGUCAACAUGGACAAGUUGGACCAAAGGGUCUGUUUCCAUGCUGUACACCUCUAUGACUAACUUCAUUUUAUUGUGGGUCAUAAGACAUUAAAAUAGGAGCAGAAGUAAGGACUUCAGCGUUUAGAAUCCACUCUACCGUUCAAUAAUAUUAACUUUUUCUGUCUAAUCAGUGUUAAGAAUGCUGAUCAUUUUUGUUAGCAUUCACAAAUAUUUUUUAAAGUUAGAUUAGAUCUCAGAUACAUUGUACAAAUUCUAUUCUGCUUUUAAUAGAGUCAAUUGAUAUGUACUAUGAGUUAACUGUCUGUUUGAAAUUUUUGUUUAAUUUGAACACUUGAAUUACACAUAAAUUAAUCCCAGAAAGCCAUACAAAAUCCUAUUGUACAUAUUUCUUUUGGAAUACCCUUACCUCUUAUGAUCAAACCCAUGUCUAAAUUAUGAAUGUUUUCAAAUCUAUGACAUUCAUCGAGACUUUAAAUUUUGUUUGGAAUUUUUAAGAUCAUAUUAAAUUUACUUUGUAAAAUUGUGACUACAUGUUGUGUUCUUAUGAUAAUUUCAGUUGUGCUUGUCAGUUGUUUCAACAACCAGUGGUUGGACCAAACCUAACAAAUGUUAUCUUUUAAUUACUAAAUGCUAUAUUUGGAUACUAACUUAUAUUUUAUGUACAAGGAUAGUGUCAAUAUUUUAUGGAUAAAUUCACAAAUUGUUCCAAGUUAAUGUAUAGUAUUAAAUGAGAUAUUAUUUAUCCAGUUUGUAUCAAAAAUACCAAAUAAAGUACAUAAUACUGUUAAAAUUCCAAAUUACUUAGAUAGGCUUUUUCAAAAAUAUAGCAUUUGAAAUAGCAUGCCAGGGAUAGGGUGUACAUUUUUAAAGAUAGUAUUAAUUUUGUUGCCCUCGAGGUAGUUCCAUUUUGUGCCAAAUGAAGCUGUGAAAAAUGGCUAAGGAAAGUUCUACGUUUACUUAUCAUUUCAUUUCUGUAAUGAAAGGAAAUGUCUAGUGCUAUACUAGAGAUAAUGUCUGAAAUUGUAUUACAUUGUAUUUUAAUAGUCCCAUGAUAGUUCGUAUAAAUUUUAUUAAUGAUCU